AUGGUGCCUGACUGGAUGGUGCCGCCGCCGCUGCCGAUCGCUCCGCACAACAAGUUACCAGCCUUUCGGAAAGGAGGAAGGUGCCACCCCACCCACCCACCUACCUACCGACCUCCCUCCCCAGGCUGCAGCAGCAGUGCAAGUCGAGCCUGCGGGAAGAAAAUAAUGCAGGCGCUGCAGAGGAAGGGAGGGGAGGCUCAGGGCAGCCAGGUGCCUGCCCCGCGGGUGUGUGAGUGUGUGUGCGAGUGUGAGCGUGCGGGUGUGAGUGGCCGUGGCCGUGGCCGCCACCCGGACUGCUCCUGGGGCCCAGCUGCUCCGCGCGUCCGCCGGAGGCUCACGGGGGCCCGGGGCGGCAGCUGGUUGGCUCGCGCGCAGCCUUCGCCUCCAAUCCUCGGCGCCUGCCCUAAUUUCCUGAUCCAGGGAACCUGCCGCCGCAGCAGCUGUGCGCUCCCUACAGUCAUUACUGUACUCUCCCGACAGCCGCCAACAGUAAAUGCAGCAGCGGCGGCCGCAGCAGCAGUUAGCGCUGAUGCAACUAUUGCUGCUAUUGCCACCGCCUUCCCACUAACUGGGCUUGCAGCCCGGGAGGCAUUUGCAGCUUCCAGGGGCAACACGAAUCUCUCUACCACCCUCUCCUGCGCCCCGGAGAGAGGCUGGUACUGUGAGGCUGGGAAUGAUCUGUUCCAGGCCCUCUACCACAAGGAUUAUCUUUUUCUGUCAGUGCUAUUCCAACAGCAGAUUGCUUUGGCUCGCCCACCUGAAAAACUGAAGCUGACCUGGAAGUUUUGCUUAGAGAAGAAAAAGAAGAGCCUCUUAUGUAACUUGAAGAAGAAAGGAGACAAGGAUAAAAAACCACUGUCCUGAACUUUUCCAAACUCAUGAACUGGGAACCAUGUGAAAAGAAGACAAGAUUGGGAUUUAGUCAAUAUCCUGCCCUGGAUUUCUUCCAGAUUACCUGCCAAUUAGCCAUCUGGUCUCAGGUAGUCACAAAGCAUUGCCCAGGUCCAAGGAGAAGAAAAAUAGACUCUACAUCUUGAUGGGCAAGUAGCAAGUUCUACAUAAAUGUGUGGGUCUGGAAAUAUUAACAUGGCCUUUUUUGAAAAAUGCAACCUGCUACAAGAAGUCUUCUUCUUUCCCCUGUCAUCUGUACCAUUUGUCUGUCGGAGCACAUACGGAAAAUUAGCCAGAUCCUUUCAGCUGCCCAGCUGAAUGUGAGUGCUGCAACUUCACCUUUACUCCAAAAGCCAUAUUAAGCUGUAAAUCUUAUUUACUAAAUUCAAAAGAAUUAUAGAAUUAUAUUUCCAUGUCAAGCAUAACUAUGGUUUUCAAAUUUCCCUGUGUACUGUCAAAUUUAUCUUAACCUAUAAAGGCAAAUUGACACAUUGCAGGGAUGAUGAAAAUCUACCUUUGGUUUGUCUGACUUAGGAAAUGCGGUUUGUAUUAUUUUUGCCUCUAAGCUUACUUCUCAAAUGCAAAAGAAAAAAAAAAAGCACAGAAAGGAAAUCCAUGAAAAUGAAUGUUUUGCAAAGGAAUUUCAAAUAUUCCUCUUGAAUGCACAUUGGUGGCCCAUUCAGUUGGUUGGCUUUUUGUUUUGAUGGUUUCCUUUGCUAUGCAGAAGUUACUUAGUUCGAUGUUGUACCAUUUAUUUUUGUUUUGUGUCCCUUGCCUUUGGAGUCAAAUUCACAAAAACACCAUUGUGACUGAUGUCCAGAAAUUUUAGUACCUAUCUUUUCUUCUAUGUAUUUUAUUGUUUCAGGUCUUACAUUCAAGUCUUUAAUCCAUUUUGACUUAAAUUUUGUGUAUGGUAUAAGACAGUGAUCUAGUUUUCCCAGCUUCAUUUAUUGAAGAGACUAUUCUUUCUGUAUUGUGUAUUCUUGGUUACUUUAUUCUGUUCCAUUGGUCUGUGUGUCUGUUUUAUUUUUGUUUGUUUGUUUGUUUUUUG